AUGGGUCAAUAUCUAACAACUUGCCAAGGCAUAGAAGACUACAUGGGCGAUAUGGACUUCAAAGUGGCCGGCACGAAGAAGGGCAUCACGGCGCUGCAGGCGGACAUCAAGCUGGCCGGCCUGCCGCUCCGCGUCGUCAUGGAGGCCGUGCAGCGGGCCUGCGACGCCAAUGCCAAGAUCAUCGACAUUAUGAACCAAUGCCUCGACGCACCCAGACAAGGAUUAAAAGAGAACAUGCCAGUGAUUGAAGAGAUCGAAGUGGAAGCUCACAAGCGGCCCAAGCUCCUCGGGCUCGGCGGCUCCAACUUGAAGAAGCUCUACGUUGAGACCGGCGUGCAGGAGCGGUCCGGAGCUGCAGGCCGCCCGCUGCAGCGGCCGCAGCUCGCCGCUCAGUCGGGCUCCGCCGCCCGAGACGAGACCACGCGCGCGCUUCGUGACAGUGCCAGUGACAGUGUCAGUGACGGUGACGGUGACGGUGACGAACCGGCGGACGAGCACAGCGAAACCCAGGCUGCGUGGCCCGGACACUGA